GGAUCUUCUCACUUCCGCUCUAUCCAACUCCUUUCUUCCUCUCUCUCUGGUAUCCUCGGGCUCGUAUGAUCUGAAAAGGAGCUCUACUCCCCCACCCCCCAGAGAUGCUACGGAGUCCAGAGGAGAAAUUCGUUUCAAUUCCUUGUUCCGGUUCGUCCCGACGCUGGGUUGACUGGAGUGGGAUGAAUUCCUGCUGUUGCCGGGCCUCUAAAACAACCGGAAGAGGAUCAGAGAGAGGCAGCCUUUUCUUUCUUUUUCCAACCAUUGAUUCCUUUUCCGUUUCCAGUAGAAUCCGUUGCUCGAGCUUUGGUACCUUCUAUCCGUCCGCACCUGAAUUUCUCUUCGGUCAGAAUUUUAUUCACAGGUAUCUCUAAUUUGGUUGCCAUUUGGGCGAAUUUCGGUUGAGAAGCCAUUCGGAUUCGUGCCCCCUUUGUAGUUCCGUUUCGUAUCUUUGUCGCCCUCAAUCUUUGGUCUCCACAUAAAAAGAAGAAAUCGUGUUCGUUUUUUUGUGUAUGUGGGGGGAAGGGAGGGGGUUGUUCCAAGCUAGAAAGAUUCGCCAAGUACAUCUGAUCUUGUAGCACGCUGCCUUGUCGUCCCAUGCCCCAACAGUGAAAUUUCCCCCAGUACAGUAUCCGCCACCCCAGCAUCUCUGCAAAUCUCCCUUGGCUGGGACCGGCAGUAAAGGCCAAAUCUUGAUGACCCAGGCCGCAAUCACCCUACAAGUUUAAAAAUUCAAUCUUUAUGCGCAACAGAGUUGAGGCCAUAGUGCAGGCACAGCACGCCAAGAAGAAGAACAGCUGAGGAAGGAGAGGGCAUCCGAUUCCAUGGAGGGCGGCGAGACGGCGCUGUCGGGGUUCCGCGGGGCGCACGGCGUGGACACGAAGGUGCUGCACGCGUUCCAGACGAGCUUCGUGCAGGUGCAGAGCCUGCUGGACCAGAACCGCGUCCUCAUCAACGAGAUCAACCAGAACCACGAGUCCAAGGUGCCCGGCGAUCUCUCCCGCAACGUCGGCCUCAUCAGGGAGCUCAACAACAACAUCCGGCGCGUCGUCGACCUCUAUGCCGACCUCUCCUCGCUCUUCGCGGCCUCCGACGGUGGCCGCGCCGCCUCGGAGGGUGGCUCCGUCGGCACCGUCCGGCAGGCCGCCGCCGGGCACAAGAGGAUCAGGUCCGGCCUCGACUAACUUCUUGUUAUGGUGUUAGCUAGGGAGCUCUCUUGGCUUGAGCUGUUCUUGUAUCUAUCUACCUAUCUAUCUGUAUCAAUCCUACUACAUAUGAGCAAAGAGCAGUCCUCUCCUACAGCAAUUAGCUGAUGUUAAUCUUACAUUGUUGGUUUGUGCUAGUACGAGGUAUGAAUUCGAUGCAAUACAGAGAGUGAGGAGUUCUCUGAAUUUCAUAAUAUGAAA